AUGCGCGGUCUGGCUCUAACAACAGCACAGUAUUCUCUGCUGAAGGUCGAGGACAAAGAUCCACAUCCAAAAAAUUGGCGACCACAACUGUUGAUUUGCUUGUCCACUACAUGGUCCAAGGAUAUCAUAGAUUUGCGAGCAAUGUCAAUGCUAAAUCUUGGAGCACAGUUGAAAGCUGGACAAGGACUAGCAAUAGCAUGUGCGUUUUUGAAAGGAUCCGCGGACAGUGCUAAGGAUAAGAUCCAUGCAAAGCAGGUCAAAGAUCGCCUGACCAAAGAUAUGGCUAAAACAAGGCUGAGAGGUUUCAGUAAAACGAUAUUCUAUUCUUCAGAACAAGUAGCACUAUUUCAAUCUAUCGGAAUAGGUGGUCUGCGCCCUAACACCAUACUUCUGAGCUGGCCAAAAACCGGCGAUCCAGAAGAGUUGGAGCUUUUCACAGAAAAACUCAUCUAUGGUGUGAUUACCGAGAACUGUGUUUUGGUCGCAAAA